CUUAAUUGGUCGCUUUAAUAAUAUGUAUGUAUUCUGGGUAUCUCAGGUUUUUCCCGACGUGUCUUGUCGACGUUUCUGUUGUUGUUGCUGUUGUUCUUGUUGUUCUUGUUGUUAAAUUCAAAAGUGUCCAUAACUCUUGGACGGUGAUUCUCGAGGCCUCUGGCGCAGUGAGAUGGCUCCGCAUCUGUUCCUUUGCUUGCCCGCCCGCUCAUGGCUGCACCGAAAGACUGCCUACCACAAGGCCCCCUUGGCGUUGUUCUUGGCAUCGACACUGGCAUCGGCAGCCGCAGCCACCGACUCGACCGCAAUCGAGCAAGACUUGGCGGAAGCCAGCUUUUUGCUGACGGAGUUCUGGAGUUUCUUGCAGAAGGCAACCUCGAUGGCCUUUUUGUCAGCGGGGCCGGUGUGGAGGGAGCGGACGUCGAACUGGCUUCCCAUGGCGUCGUCGUCGGGGCAGUGGCGGCACAGGAAGGCCUCUACGGGACUCACAAUGUCCAGGACGAGGGUGUUGGUGUCCCUGGCGGGGGCCGCGGCUCCCCCCAUCGAGUCGUCGUCGGGGCAGUGGCGGCACAAGAACCCUUCGGGGCUGGUGGCAGCGGCAAAGGGAAUCUCGGCACCGGUCAGGUAGUGGUUGGCCCCCCAGUUCACGUCGUUGUAGGCGGAAACAAAGGCCUUGGYGAGGAUGGCUUGCUCCUCCCUGGUGGCAUCGCCGGCACCCACCCCCUUCAGGACGAUGGUCGAGUCCACGGUGGCGACCUUGUUGGCGGCGGAAGAGACCCGCUUGUUGCUCCUCGGCUUCUCGCCGUCGACGUCGAAGCGGAUGGCGCAGGACUUGGCGGAACCGAGGUACCUCGAUGCACCCCCGGCCGACCGGAUCUUGUGGCAGAAGCGGACCUCGAGCUCGGCGGAGGCAUCCUUCCGGCAGAGCCCGGCGCAGUCGUYGGUCACGGCCGUCAUCAAGAGAGAGUCCGUGCCCAUGGCGUCGUCGUCGGGGCAGUGGCGGCACAAAAACCCGACGGGGGUUUUGACCUCGAAGACACCGGUGGAAGCGGAUCCUCCCAUGGAGUCGUCGUCGGGGCAGUGGCGGCACAGGAAACUGUCGGGUCCCUUGAAAUCCACGGCGUGGCUUCCAGUCAUGUAGUGACCGGCUUCCCAGUGGACGUCGUUGUAGGAGGCAACGAGGGCCUUUCCGAUGAACUCCAUGUCUUCGGCGGUGGGUUCACCAACGGUUCCCUUGAGGAUGACCUCGCUGUCGAGGACCUUGCCGUUGUUGGAGUCGAUGCUAUUGGCAAAGGCGGAACGGAGGGAGGCGCCUCGGGCCGAUGCGAGCGCGAGAGAAAGGAUGGCGAGGCAGAACUUCAUGGUGUUGGAUUGGAUAGGAUUGGAUUGGAUUCGUUCAAUCUGCUGUUGGAGGCGGAAGCUGGGAUUGUGGUUGUUUGUGCUUUUCAGCGGAAUGCUUUUUGGAAUUGUGAGAACAAGAAGAAACAUUCCUGUCGGUGGAAUGAGUUUCAGAGCUUUCAGAUCGUGAUAGUGGUGGCCAUGCUUUGACGACCGAGAAGGUUUACAACGUCAUGGAAGCUUCUCAUAAUGAAAAUAGUGGAGAUGG